AUGGCCUCCUCGCAACAUUACCAGCAGUAUGAAGUUCUCACCCAUGUCAACGAAAACACUAUGACUACUCGUCCCAUGCGAGUUUCACGCAAUCGUGAGAACUUGCAACCAUACUGGAUCCCUGAGGGAUUUCGUGCCGUGCUAAUCUCAAUUAACGACAUCCAACGGCUUCCGCUUCAGCAAGCUACUCAGGACCUCCAGCAACGGCAAAAUGAAAAUACAACCCAUCAUGUUAUUAGGCGUAGAUACGCAAAUCACAAUCAAACCAAUCCUAUGGCAAGACAAGGACGAUGCAAUACAGCGACGGUAUUGGGUGCAACAUUAGACCAGAUUACGGUUGCUCGUGCUAUCUCUAGCAAGCCUAAACGCAAGGAGCUAUCCGGUAAUGAAAAUGACGAAAAUUCUCAAAAGAACACACCUACGGCCUCCGCCUCCGCUUCGGCAAGCACCUCCAUAGGUUCGCCAGUGGUGGCAGCUCAAGCAAAGAAGAGAUGUCUUGGCAACAACAAGAGAAUUGAUGCACGUCAACUACAUCAUAACCAGAAUCAGCGAGCAGCAAUUAAUUCCCGUAAUAACGAGAACAAAACGCCGGAACACAACAUUUCGGAUCCGUUCGGUAAUUAUGUUGCUACUACCACUAAUACCAUUGCUCAAACACCGUCUCAUAAUCAACGCGUGUCUCAACGCAUGUCCUUGUCGCAACAAGCUGUUGGCAGUUCUAAUGAAUUCAAACAUCCAAGAAAGACCAUGGCAUUAGAACGUGAUGCCCUUUAUGCAAUGCACGGUUCUAACCGUGUCUCAAAGAACACAAGCAGUAUGCAUAUCAACAAGCCGUUUCGAGUCUCAACAUCGAGAGUAGAGUCAACCGUUCUUCCACACCAUCUUCAUUCAAACCCACUCGCCGAAGACAACUCUGGUUUAUCAAAUGAGGGUCGCAACAACGGCAAUGAGGAAAUGGAAUCGGUUGAAUUGGAUAGGGACCAGGCUAUGAAAAUGUAA